GGGAUGACGAGUCCAAAGCAAAAGAUUGGUUGGCAUUGCCAGCCAUAGAUGCUGCUGCUGUGUCGAAAGCUUUUGUCAUUUUCUUUAAUCGUUUGCACGCUCGAAAUCGAAACGGCGAUUCGGGAGUGUUAACUGCGUGUAAUGCCAUCAAUAUGCUAUUCAUGUGCCCACGCCUUUCUCUAAUGUCCUCCUCCGCCUUCAUCUUCAGAUAAGCAACGAAAAGUCAAAACAAUAUCACACACACCGAGAGCUGAAAAUGUACGUCUUUCCGUCCGCACACACCCAGUUUCAGCGUUGUUAUUUCAUGUACCAGAAGCACCCACUCAACGUUACCCAAUGCCAGCAUUCCCGUAAUAUUUGUAACAACCCCAAAGUGGCCGAUGAAUUUCCGUUGGACCACCGGGUGUUCGAUGAAAUGCCUGUUUCAGACAAAGACACGUUUACUUGGAACAGUAUUAUCCAAACUCACCUUGCUAGUGGAGAUCUCGACCUUGUUAUUUCAACAUACCGACAAAUGCUGCUUCGGGGUACUGUUCGUCCUGACAGGCGCACUCUCCCUCGUGUCUUGACUGCUUCUCGCCGUCGUGGUGAUAUAUUUAUCGGCAAACAGCUUCAUGGGCACGCUUUCAAGCUUGGGUUCUCUUCCGACCACUAUGUGGUCAGUGCUUUGAUCCAAAUGUAUGGCUUUCUUGAUAGCGUUGAUACUGCCAGGUGGCUUUUUGACAAGUCCCCACAUAGGAAUUCUGUUUCUUGGACUGUACUAGCCAGGUUGUACAUCAUGGAAAACAAACCUGGUUUGGCGAUUGAUAUGUUUAAUCAAAUGGUUGAGUCAGGGGCUGAGAUAGAUUCAGUGGCAUUGGCAACCGCAGUUGGUGCCUGUGGCAUGUUACAAUCGCUGCAACAAGGCAGGAAGCUCCACCAGAUUGCUAGGAAUUGUGGAUUUGAGUUUAAUAUGGUGGUCAGCAAUGCCCUCUUGAAAAUGUAUAUCGAUUGUGGAAGUCUGAAAGCUGCUCAGGAAAUUUUUGAUCAAAUGCCAUCAAAAGAUGUCAUUUCAUGGACAGCAAUUAUUAAUGGGUGUGUAAAGAAGGGAGGAUUCAAUGACGGUCUUAAGUUGUUUCAGCAGAUGAUUAUGGAUGGUUUUAAACCUGAUCCUUUCACAUUUUCUAGCAUUCUUCCAGCCUGUGCAAGGAUGACUGCACACAAGCAUGGCAGAGAAAUUCAUGGCUACCUGCUUAGAAACGGUAUUGACUUGAAUCUCGUGGUCCAGAAUGCUGUUAUGGAUAUGUAUGUGAAAUCAGGAUUCAUUGAAUAUGCUUCAAGGAUUUUCAGAGGGAUGAAGUGUAAAGAUGUGGUUUCAUGGACUGUGAUGAUAUUGGGAUAUAGUUUACAUGGACAAGGGCAACGCGGAGUUCAUUUGUUCCGCAUGAUAGAGACUAACUCGAGCACACAAACAGAUGAAGUCACAUAUGCUGCCGUCCUCCAUGCUUGUCGCACUGCAUGCAUGGUUGAACAAGGAAAGUUUUACUUCAGUUGCAUUAAGGCUUCUAAAGCCAAAACCUCUUCUUUAAUGGUUGCUCUUCUAGCUCGUGCCGGACUCUUUGAUGAGGCAAGGGUCUUUAUUGAGGAACAUAAGCUUGAAAGGCAUGCCGAAGUGCUGAGAGCACUGCUAGAUGGAUUGAGAAAUCACCAACAACCAGUACCGGGUAAACGUGUCAUCGAGCAACUCUGCGAGUUGGAACCUCUUAAUGCAGACAACUAUGUGUUGCUCUCUAACUGGUAUGCUAACAGCGCAAGAUGGGACAUGGUUGAUAAGUUGAGGCAAACAAUAAGAGACAUGGGUUUGAAGCCGAAGAAAGCUUAUAGUUGGAUAGAGUUCCAAAAUAAAGUUCACGCCUUUGGGACGGGGGAUGUAUCCCACCCAAGAUCAGAGAGAAUAUUUUCGGAAUUACAGCGUUUAGUAAAGAAAAUGGAAGAUGAAGGAUAUCAACCUAAUCCAGAUUUUAGCUUCCAUGAUGUGGAGGAAGAACGGGAGUGCAUUCAAAUUGGGCAUAGUGAAAUGUUGGCAGUAUCUUUUGGGCUCAUCAGCACACAACCCGGUAUAACAAUUCGUGUAAGUAAAAACCUCCGUGUGUGUCGCAAUUGCCAUGAUUCUGCAAAGAUGAUAUCCAAGAUAGUAGGACGAGAAAUCAUACUCAAGGACCCAAAUUGUUUCCACCAUUUUAGGGAAGGAUUUUGUUCGUGUGGAGAUUUUUGGUGACAUGUUAUAUAUAUAUAUAUAUAU